CACAUAGGAGAAAGAAAGAAAGAAAGUGACUAUUUGUUGUCUCAAGCGCGUUCCGAGGCAGCGGCUCCUCCCGGCCACCUGUCGCCCGCCCGGAAGCACCAGCUGCCGCCGCCUGAUACAUGCCGUCUGCCGUCGCCGCCGCAGACACGCUGUCGCCUCUCCCGCAGCACGUGUCGAAGGCCCUGUGUCUGCCAGCCAUCGCCCCGGCGUCGCGCCAGCUGUCGACGCCGCCCUCGCCCUCGCUCGCGUACCGCCUCCCGCCCCACAAGCCCGUCGUCAGCGGCCGGCCACAAGGACCACCUGCCGGCUCCGCCCAAGCGCCUCCCAGAACCAUCUACCGCCUGUACCGCCUGGCCGCCCGCCCGGAGCGCAGUGAGGCCGUGCUAGGCUGGGAUGUGAUGGGCGGGCGAGAGUGGGCGGGGGGCUCGGCGGGGGGCGGGGCGGGGGGCGUGACCAAGGGCGGCGUCGAAGGACUCAUCGAGGCGGUUAAGAAGGGUCACCCGAGGCAUGUCAAGCUGCUGCUCGAGGCCGGCGUUCCCGUCAACGCCACCGGCGGGGAAGGUUCGACGGCGCUCGUAGCCACAGUGCUACACUGCCAGGAUGAGGCCUUGCGAAGCCGCCUGCUGCGCCUCCUGCUGGACGCGGGCGCUGACCCCAACGUGGGCGACGACCAUGGCACGACGCCCCUCAUGCACGCCGCCUCUACCAACGCGCCAGACGUCGUUAUCACACUCCUGCAGCAUGGCAACGUGGAUCUCACCGAGGCCUGCGUUAUCACAUGUGAAGGUGAGAGUCCAUGUCAACACCUCUCGCGGCUUGUCGUUGUCAUGAAUUCGCCAGGAUAUUCGUAA